GGUAUAAAGCGGCGGGACGGCGGGCGGGGACGGCCGUCCCUUCUCCUCCCGGCCAUGUUGCGGCUCCUCCUUCUCCUUCUGCUCGGCGCGGCCGGUGCCCUGCCCGCCCCCCGCCGCCGUCGGGCCGCCGCGCCGCCACCCGCCCCCUACCUCACGCGCUACCUCAGGCAGCAGAUUGAUCACUUUGGAUUUGAUGAAAAUCUUACGUUCCAGCAGCGGUAUCUAGUAGCAGAUCAGUACUGGAAGAAAGAUAAUGGACCGAUACUGUUUUAUACAGGCAAUGAAGGAGACAUCACAUGGUUCUGUAACAAUACGGGUUUUAUGUGGGAUGUGGCUGAAGAACUUAAUGCCAUGUUAGUAUUUGCUGAACAUAGAUAUUACGGAGAAUCUUUGCCCUUUGGGAAUGAAUCUUUCAGUGAUUCCAAGCACCUGAAUUACCUGACAUCAGAACAAGCUCUGGCUGACUUCGCAGUACUGAUUGAGUACUUAAAGACAACCAUUCCAGGAGCUCGUUACAGUCCUGUCAUAGCUAUUGGAGGAUCUUAUGGAGGAAUGCUUGCAGCCUGGUUUAGGAUGAAGUACCCCCAUGUGGUAGUUGGAGCUCUGGCAGCCUCUGCCCCAAUCUGGCAGUUUGGUGAUUUGGUUCCAUGUGGCACUUAUUUCAGCAUAGUGACUAAUGAUUUCAAAAAAAGUGGGACAGGCUGCUCAGAAAGUAUCCGGAAUUCUUGGAAUGCCAUUAACCACCUUUCCUCAACAGAUGCAGGUUUACAGUGGCUUUCCAGCACGUUUCAUUUGUGCAGCCCAUUGAAAAAUCAUCAGGAUGCUGCUAUACUGAAAAACUGGCUGAGUGAAACAUGGAUAAACUUGGCUAUGGUGAACUAUCCCUAUAAAGCUGACUUCCUGCAGCCUCUGCCAGCUUGGCCUAUAAAGGAAGUCUGCAAGUUCUUGAAGGAUCCCGGUCUCUCUGACAAACAGCUGCUGCAGAAUGUUUUCCAGGCAGUAAAUUUAUACUACAAUUAUUCAGGAGAAGCCUCAUGCUUAGACAUGUCUGAGACUGCAACCAAAAAUCUAGGCCAGUUGGGUUGGUACUAUCAGGCUUGCACUGAGAUGGUGAUGCCCAUGUGCACAGAUGGUGUCAAUGACAUGUUUGAGCCUCAGAAGUGGGAUUUUGAUGCACUUUCAGAAGAGUGUUACAGGCUGUGGGGAGUGAGGCCUCGCCCCUCCUGGAUCCUUUCUGUGUACGGAGGGAAAAACAUCAGUUCACACAGCAACAUCGUCUUCAGCAAUGGUGGCCUGGACCCGUGGUCUGCCGGUGGGGUGACCAAGAACAUCAGCGAUUCCCUGGUGGCAAUCGUGAUCCCAGAUGGAGCCCAUCACCUGGACCUGCGCAGCCGCAACCCCGCCGACCCCCAAUCCGUGCAGCAAGCUCGAGCCUUGGAGAUCUGCUACAUGAAGCAGUGGAUCGAGAAGGCCAGGCGCAGCCACUGAAGGUGGCACUGCAACAGUUGUACCUCCGUUGGCUUUGCUGGGAGCAGGGCCAGGCCUCGUCGCGCGGUCGUCUGAGCAUUUCACUCCCGCUUCCUCCCCUGUGUCGCAGAGCUAACCAUUGCUUGUGCCCGUGAGAGUAGCAGGUGGCAGAUGGGUGGAGAGCAUUUCUCAGAUGAUGAGCUGUAGUCAAAGUGCCUAGAUUGAGCUGCCUGCUCUGGCUUGCUUUCCUCUUCUGCUCUUAAACGCUGCAUUUUACCAUAGAGUUCCUGUCCUAGGCUUGAUGCCUUCCCCGCUGUGCUGGGUGGUUUUCCUGACUGCUGGUACAGACAGUGCUUUAAAUGGCAGUGCUGUUGAUGGUGAAGAAUCCUGCUGCCUUCAGUGGGAGUGAAUUUCAGACAAUCUCAGCUGGUAUAAGCUGUCACGGCAGGGGCAUGGAGAUGGUGGCGAAAGAAAUCACAUCAUACUGUGAUAUUUGGUGGAGAGGUAGGGAAGGCAUGGGGAAACCAGCUGUGCUGUUUGUAAAGAAACUAAACAGCCCUUAUUGAUGCUGGAAAAGAAAUAAAUAUAUUUUUUUUUCCCCUUUUUAUUUUACUGGCAGCUUAUUAAUCAAAGCUGACUUGGGUGGCUUUUCCAUUCUGCGCUGUACUGAAUGGUCAGGGCUGGGCCCGGACUCACUCUGCUGAUAACUGGCUGAGCGUGCACAAUCUGCAGCAGGGUUUUAUUUCUUCCUCCCCUGUUUGUCCUAAUCCCCAAAUACCUGCCACUGUGAUGAUGGUUGCCAAAGAAAACUCUGCGUGUAUUUCAUAUGUGUGUAUAUCCCCCCCCCCCAAACACUUUGCUUUUUCAAAUCAGGAAGCUUUCGAAGCUAUUCUCUUGAAGAGCGAAUGUGACACUUGUGCUGGCCAGAUCUUAUGAAGUGACAAAUAAUUGGGGCUGUGCCUUGUGUGGAUUCUCCCCUCCCCCCCCAUUCUGUGUAUUGUUCAAAUUCUGCAUGAUCUGUUUGCUGAUGGGUCUUCAAUAAAAGCCUUUUUUUAAAAAAAAAAAAAAAAAAAAAAAAAAUUGUUUGCAGGACAAACUAUUGAAAACACAGAAUGCAGCUAUCCUCUUGGAUCAGCCUAAAGCCUGAUGCUGAGCUCAACAAGCCAGGUGCACCGGGCUUUCUGUAAGGCUUCCAAACCAGACAAACUGCCCUGAUUCAUGAGACAGCAUAUUUGACGUUAAUAAAUGGCUGGGGCAGUCCCCUCGUCUUCCAGCUUUGGCUUCAUUCACACUGGAGCCCUUCUUCAGAAAGGAUUCUUUGCAGUUUAAAGGACAACCCCAUUUCAGAAAGACUCGGGGAAGGCUUCUUGUCCCCAGACUCUUAAAAUUCCAAUUCUGUUGUAAAAGUUUUCUCAGCUUUGAUGAUAUGUCUGAUAGUGGUGUAUUUUCCUAAGACACCAGGUGGCCUGUUCUGUUCCCAGUCUCCUCCCAUCCUCUGGGAACAAAGCGGAGCCAACACUGAAAUUUUAUCUCUUAAUACACCCCUGUGCAUCUUCUUCCAAUAGAGUUCCUGGCAUUCCCUUGUCUUGUGUUAAAAGUGGCAUUUAUAUUCAGACUCUGCAAAUCUGAACCUCUUAUGCUCUUGAGCCAGGUAAUUUCUGAAGAGAGAAUUCUGUAGAGAAUAAGGCCAGAGAAGAGCCUGGAGAGAGCCCUUCUCCUGGGGAGAAGGAAAAGCUCUGUAGAACCUGCCUGAAACCUGCCUGAAACCUCUUGACUGCCUGAAAGCUGUUGGCAAUCCCUUUUCCAAUAAUUCCAGAUUUUGGUACUCUGCUGUAAAUGCACUGCAGUCCCUUGCUCACGUACUUUAUAAUGACAUGGUGGCCUCAAAUUUGUGGAAACAAAAAUGUUUUUUAAUCAAGUGAAUGACAGUCAAGUUUUUAGAAAUACCUUUGUAUCUUCUUAUGUGUUAAUGGAUGUAUGGUGAUGUCCUGGUUUACUGCAAGGAAUGGCAUCUACAAGAGUAAAUAUAAAUUUGAGAAUCAGAAAUGGUUUAACUGAGCAAGCAAGAGCCUGGUCCAGCUGCUCCCCUUGGUUGCUCAGGGUGCUGCUCCAAGUGCAAAUCCUGGGAUAAACAUUUCCAUGUUGCAUGGAGGAGGACGUGGGGAUAUCCACGCACUGGGCUGUUAACAGCCCCUGGAUAUUGUAAUCAGCUUGAGCCUGCUCUCUCUCCCCUGCUGGCUGCCUCACUGUCUCAGGAAAUAGCUUCUUUGUUAUUUGGAAAGUGCUUUUUGGUUUCAAUCUGCAUAAGUAAUUUAAAAUUUCAUUCUUCUUUUCUUGCUUUUUUCGCUCCUUUCAUAAGCAGAAAAAAAAAAAAGAGCCAUUUUAGUAAAAAAACUUGCAUUUUUGAAUUUUGAGAAAUUGCGUUUAAAACCAAAAGUUGUUCAGUGUGGUUUUGUUUGUGUUUCUUUUUUUGUGUGGAUUGUUGUUCUUUUUUAUUAUUAUUGUUUUUUUAGUUAAUGCUACUAUUCCAUUCAGUGAGACUCUGAUUCAAGUGCACUUUGGAUCAGGUUCUUACUGCUUGGACCAGCUUCUGAAUUAGGUGACUGACUUGCUGUUAUUCUUAAUUGUUCUUCCUUUCUGCUUUUUUUUUUAUCCUUUAAGUUGAGUAGUUGAAACUUUAGGUCUUAUUUACCUUAAGCAUUCAGACUUCAUCUUAAAAUCUAUGUAUGUAGACACCUUUGUACGCUACCGAGGUGCUGUCUGUGGUGUUUGGCUACCUCAUCUAAACGUUGGCUUCUCUGCUUGUUUUGUGGUGAGAAGAAAAUGUCCACGGGAAAGGGCUGAUUCCUCUUUCCAGGAGUAUGAUGACGGGCCGUACUUCAUCUCGGGCUUACGUGUGUCCUUGGCACGGGUCAUGAAGGACUGCAAUUUAAAAAUGUAUGUUUCCUACUCAGUGGGGAAAAUCCAGAAGGAAAGAAAAUGAAUGAUUUGCCCAAGGUGUGAAUCUUCCUGGUGAAACUGCAGUUUGUUUCAAUAAAAAUGCAAUAAAAUAAUAAAAUGUGA